UGAACUUGAUCUCAACAGUAGAUGCCACAAAAGCCAACUCAAAUCAGGUCUACAAAAAAAUGUCACGUGCAGCAUUUGCUAAGUGCACGGCACUGUGGAACAAGAGUGCUCGCUCCACCUCAGCUGCAGAGGUGAUUGAAAGGGAGUGCAAGCUCCAACUUAUUCGACCAAAUGACACUAGGUGGAACUCCCUCUUUCUUUCAGUGGAACGAUUGCUAAGAAUCAUCCAAGACAGUGGAGAAGGAGCCAUCAGAGCAGUUUGCAUUGCACUUAAAGUCCCCAUGUUCAGCCCUGCAGAACUUGCCUUUUUGACUGAAUAUGUUGCUACCAUGAGCCCAAUCGCCAAGGCACUGAACAUAAUGCAGACAGAAGUGAAUGUCCAUAUGGGAUGGCUGGUGCCCACUAUUACCCUCCUAACUGUGAAGCUUGACCGCCUCCUAACCUCAUCCAAGUUCUGCGAGCCACUGAUCUUUGCCCUUCAAGAAGGAAUACAGCAGCGGUUUGGACCCAUGCUUUUGGACCCCGAACUCAUUGCUGCUGCAAUUUUACUUCCGAAGUUUCGGACUUCCUGGACAAGCAAUGAGGACUUGCUGAAACUGGGCAUGAACUACAUCAAGACUCAUUUGGAGCAGGAGCCAGUGCAGUCUAACCAGUCAGAGCAGCAGGAGGAAGAGGACGAGGACUACUUUGACAUCAUGAAAGACAAUGUCCAAGAGACCUCUAAGCAGCUGGAUGUAUACCUGGCCAGCACAGCUACCAGCAUGGUCGUUCUCAAAUCAGUGCCUGCCGUGUACAGAUUGUCGCUUAAGGUAAAUACACCGUUGCCUGCCUCUGCAGCCUGUGAGAGACUCUUCAGCUCAGCAGGGCAGAUUUUUACCCCCAAAAGAGGCAGGCUCGGUUCAGAGAACUUUGAAAACCAACUCCUUUUGAAGCUCAACAAAAAAUACUGGUGAUGUGGUGAAGUUUUUUAAAAGUGCUCCAAAAUGUUCACAGGUUGUUUUGGUUUUUGAGUCUUGAUGGAGACUAGAGACGGAGUUGAAAUUCUGAUGAUUUUAAGUUAAGGAAAGUUUUAUACUUAAUGGAGACUUGAAAU